AUGUCAAGGGAAGCACACUGGGGUUUUCUGAUGAAGUACUCUGGGUACCUGGAACACAGGGAUGAGCCCUUCUGCACAAGCGGCUACAGCAAGUCUCCUAGGCUGAUGAAACUUGGAAAAGACAUUACCCUGGUGGGCCUGGAAAUUGGCCUGCUGACAAUGAAGAAGGGAGAGGUGGCGAGAUUUGUCUUCAGACCAGAUUACGCCUAUGGGCAGCAGGGCUGUCCUCCUCUCAUUCCCCCGAAUGCUACAGUCAUGUUUGAAGUGGAGGUGCUGGACUUCCUAGACUCGGAUGAAUCUGACACAUUCUUGGAGUUGACUGCUGAGCAGCAGGAUACAUUUCCGCUACAAAAGGUGUUGAAAGUGGCAGACACGGAGAGAGAGUUUGGCAACUACCUCUACCGUAAGCAGCACUUUGAGGGUGCCAAAGACAGAUACAAAAGGGCGUUCUCCAUCCUCCAUCGCAGCCCUUCUAAUGAGACAGAGCAGUGUCAGAUCAAUGCUUCCAAGUUGCUGGUGCUACUGAAUCUCUCGCUUACUUACCUGAAACUGGAAUGUCCUGCCCGAGCUUUGAUAUAUGGGAAGAAGGCCUUGGAGAUUGACCAAAGAAAUGCCAAAGCACUGUUCAGGUGUGGUCAGGCUUGUCUCUGCAUGACAGAAUACGAAAAAGCACGGGAUUUCCUGGUCAGAGCUCAGCACAUACAGCCAUUUAACCAGGAUAUUAACAAUGAGCUGAAAAAGUUGGCAAGCUGCUGCAAGGACUACAUGGAAAAGGAGAAAGAAAUGUGCUGCCGAAUGUUUGCCCCUCCCAACUCUUCUUCUGGCUAA